AGAGAGACGGAGCCCAGGAGCAGCAGCAGCCGCCGCCACCGGGCUAAGCCAGCUGCGCCUUCGCCUCGCCAACUUUGCCCGGCUCCGAGCCGCCGGAGGGGGUCCCACUCUCGCGCGCCCACCUGGGAGCCAGACCGGGCAUAUGUGAUUUGGGGGGCUCGUCCUGCCUCCUUCCCUCCUUCCUUCCUCUCCUUCUUCCACGCUCCUUCCUUCCUUCCUCGGAGCCGAAGGGGGGAAAAAAGCCGCCCCGGAAAGGCCAACUCAUUGAGGAAGGAAAAAACCCAGGAUUGUAGCAGCAGCAGCAGCGGCUGUUUGGCGUGGAUGGUUCUUCUUGGACUACGGUGGGAAUCUUCCUUCCCCAGCAGAAUGGCUCCUCAGCUGGCUCUUAGGGUGUUUCUCUUAACGUCGUCGCUGGUUCUUAGCACGGAGGGCUCUGCUGUCAGCAACUGGUGGAACUUGGUGCCCAGGAAAACAGUGCCCUACCACGAGCUGAAAGAAGGGACCAAACGCUUCUCCAUGGCAGGAGUGUCCAACUAUACAACUUUGACCUUGGCCGACCGCAAAGGCCUGCUCUACGUUGGAGCCCGGGAAGCCAUCUUUGCCUUAAGCAUCAGCACCAUGGAGAUGGAGGAAGCGAUACUUUGGGAGGCUCCAGCAGAGAGGAAAGCAGAAUGCAUCCAAAAAGGCAGAAGUAAUCAGACUGAAUGUUUCAACUACAUCCGCUUUCUCCAGACCUACAACAGCUCUCACAUGUACACUUGUGGCACGUAUGCCUUCCAGCCCAAAUGUGGCUACAUUGAUCUGGCCACCUUCUCCUUGGACAGGUUUUCCUUUGAGGAAGGCAAGGGCAAGUGUCCGUACGAUCCUGCCAAGGGAUACACGAGCCUCAUUGUGGAAGAAGAGUUGUAUUCUGCAACACACAACAACUUCCUGGGCACCGAUCCCGUGAUCCUACGCAACCUGGGGCCACAGUAUCCCGUCAAGACGGAGCACCUGCCUACGUGGCUGAAUGAACCCCACUUCGUGGGCUCGGCAUUCGUCCAGGAGAGCAAAGGAAGCGAUAUCGGAGAUGAUGACAAAGUUUACUUUUUCUUCAGCGAGCGAGCGGUGGAAUAUGAUUGCGACAUUGACCAGGUGGUAGCCCGAGUGGCUCGGAUCUGCAAGGGCGAUGUUGGCGGUGCCCGUACUUUGCAGAAAAGAUGGACGACAUUUCUGAAGGCCCGGCUGCUGUGCUCAAUUCCAGAACAGCAGCUGCACUUCAAUCGGAUCCAGGGGACCUACACACUGAAUGGCGAUCACUGGCGUGAGACCAGCUUUUUCGGGGUCUUCCAAGCACGCUGGGGUGACGUAGAUGUUUCUGCCGUUUGCCAGUACCAGAUCCUGGAUGUGCAGAAAGUCUUCGAAGGUCCCUACAAGGAAUACAGUGAAAUUGCUCAGAAGUGGAUUCGUUACUCCGACCAGGAACCCGUUCCCCGUCCAGGCGCCUGUAUCACGGAUUGGCACCGUUACAACAGUUUUUCCACUUCUCUGGAGCUCCCAGACAACACCCUGAAUUUUGCGAAGAAGCAUCCUCUGAUGGAUAAGGCCGUGCCCCCGCAUGGCAACCAGCCUUUGCUGGUCAAGAAGGAUGCCAACUUCACCCAGCUCGUGGUGGAAAGAGUUCACGGGUUGGAUGGCAAACCGUACGAAGUGCUGUACAUCGGGACAGAGAAUGGCUGGUUGCACAAGGCGGUGGCCUUGUCUUCAGGUGUCCAUCUCAUAGAAGAACUGCAAGUUUUUGAGGAAGCUCAGCCCAUCAAGAGCCUGGUGUUAUCUGUCCCAAAGAGAGUCCUUUUUAUUGGCUCCGACACACAAGUCAUCCAGGUCCCCGUGGCUAAUUGCAGCAAGUACCGGACGUGUUCCGACUGUAUUCUCGCCAAGGAUCCUUACUGCGCUUGGACUUGGAACGGAAGCCGCUGCGUCCGGAUUGAUGCAUAUGAUGGGACCUCUAUAUUGUUCCAAGAUUUGGGAAUGGAGCCCAUGAUCUGUAGCCCCUUGCGUUCUUCCAGACCAGGGACCAAGUUCAUUUCCAAGAACAUCACCGCCAUGGUUGGGAUGGACCUGGUGCUACCUUGCCAGCUCACCUCCAACCUCGCUAAGGCCUUGUGGACCUUCAAUGGGCGGGAUUUGGCAGAAAGCCAAGCUUCGGUUGUCUACGAUGCUCAUCUUCAGGCACUGAUUGUCCUGGACAUCCGCCUGAAGCAUUCUGGGCUGUAUAAGUGCAUCCAGCUAGAAGAGAUGAAUGAACUGAUGACUGAGAGUUACCAGGUCACUGUGUUGGCUGACCCCGCCCUGUCACUGGAGACCCGGGCUCCCUUGGACAACCUGGGCCUGGUUUGGGUGGUGGUGAUUGCUCUCUCGGCCAUCUGUGUGGUUCUCCUGCUUGUGGUCUUCUCCCUGAAGCGCAGGCUGAAAGAAGAGCGCGAGAAAGGCUCCAAGGCCAUUGAAAGCACCCUUGUCUACCCCAUCGAGAUGCCCAAAGAGCCCAAGAGCCCCACUUUUAUUCCCAGCACCACCUCAGACUCUGACGAGAAGCUCUGGGACCCCGCCAGCUACUACUACUCAGACGGCUCCCUCAAGAUCGUCCCGGGUCACGCCGUCUGCCAGAACGGGGGCACCACUCCCUCGCCCACCACGAAUGGCAUUCCUGGCCAACCCUUGCAGUCUCCCCACCUCCACUCGCCCAACCGCAUCAACCUGAGCAACAUCCGCGGCUCAUCUUCCAACGGCUACAUCCGCCUCAAUUUGGGCACCGAGGAGCGGCCGGACUACAGUGACUUGGCCGAGGAGCUGCGUCGGAAGUUGAAGCAGAGACAAGCUCUGCCCGACUCGAAUCCCGAGGAGUCUUCAGUAUGAGCUGCCCUGUGGACUUGUUGGACCAAUUACUCAACUACCUCAUCUCCUAGGCCAGGGUCGCAGCCCGUCGCCAAAACGACUCUUUUUAAGACAAAGACUCCGGACACUUUUGUAAGAGGCUUCCUCACAUCCCCGAUUUUGAUACACACUGCCAAGAAGACCCCUUUCUCCUCACACCCUCCCGCCUUGUUCAGUGUUCUCCACUGUGCUUCCUUUUGGGGCUGUUCCGGGACUUUGUGAGUGGUGGUCUUCAUUCCUUUCCUCUUGGAUGUUGAGUUUGAGCCUCUUAGAGACUUGCCUUUGGCAGGGAGACCCCCUGAACCGAACCCACUGCCCUGUUUCUGAUCCAGCCGCAUGGGGAUGGGGGUUGAAACGGUUGUGUGAAAAGCAAGCCGGAGCAUCAUUCCCCGUGGCAUGGUUGCGUUCGGCUUCCUUGCCAUGGUUGCCACGUUUCUCUCUUCUUCCUGGCUUGACUGCAAGAGUUGGACUCUGCAGUAGUGAUUCUUCCCAAAAGGGUAGGGGACCCAGGAGGAGGGCAAAUCAGCCCCUGUCCCAAAGUAGGACCACUUUGGGGGGAAGGGGACCUCAGAAAGGCAGGCGUCCUAAGGAGCCAGAGACCAGGUGUUCGUUGGGAAACUCAACCAAAGAGAAAGGGAUAAGUUGGGGGCUGAGGAACACUCUUAGCCAUAGCUUGGCCUCCUUUCUUACAGCCACGUUUAGAAGUGUGUAAAAGAGAGGCACACUCAACCCACCCAAGAGCUUUCCUUUUCCAGCAGCAGGUGAGACACCUUUGGGGUGUGUGUGAGAGGAACACUUGGUCCUGAUGUCCUUCUGGAGAUCUGAGGUCCCUAAAGUAGGAGGGAGGAGGUAAAACUUUCCAAGCAAUUGUUCAGCAGUUUUAAAGAGGUGUCUCUUUGCCCCCCCUUAAACUCUCCUCGCAUCUUCACCGAAACAUAAAAGGCAUCCCGAUGUUUUGAUCCCAUCCCUUUUGGGGACUUCUUUGGACCACGUGCAAAGGAAGAGGUUGUCUGGGGCGAUUCCAAGGAAGGCAAGCAUUGGGGGAGUCAGUCCCACAUGGCACACGCUCUGCUGGUGCCUUGCACAUUCCCUUGGCAGAAAAGUGGUACAGGUAGGAGAAUACACACACACACACACCCCUCCCUCCCAAAAUGUGCCAUCGGGGCUAUUUUGUAUCCUCUGCCCUGUCUCCUUCGUAGUGCCCCCUUUCCUGAGGGAUGCACGCAACUACAAGAAAUUUUAUGGGUGCAAUUUGCACACUCGGUCAUGCCCGCAAUGGUGUCCUGCCGACGGAUUAAGGGAAACAAGUACCAUCACAUGUUCCAUCCCACAAAUUACAUUCUCGGCAUCCUUCAGUAUCAUAACACAUGUGAAAUUCUGUUCCUAUCUCUGUGUGUGUGAGAGAGAGAGAAGCUGAGAGAGAGAGAAAGAGAGAGAGAGAGAGAUGGAGAGAAAAGGACUUUCUCAACCCAAGGUGCUUCACUGGGUUAAGCAAAGACCUUUGCAGAUGUCAGUCAUCCAACUUGUGAAUCGGUUGGUGGCCACCUUGGUUCGUUUUGGGACGAUGUGCAAGCCUGGCAUCCAUUCGGUGAAUUUAGGGUUCCCUGUAUUGGGCGAAUGUCCAGAAUGUCAUUGAAAUCGGGGUUAAAAGGUAUCGUGUGAUUACAAUCCGCGUCGGGAGAGUGAGAAAGAGAAUUGUGCUUUCUCAGGAAAGGAACAGAACCGGAUUCUUCUGCCCUCCCAUUUUCCAUAGGGAGCAUGCAAUUCCCUACAUUCAUUUCAAACCCCGCGUUGAAAUCGUCUGCGUGGCCCAUCAUCCCCUUUCGUAUCCCGCAUGCUUUUCAUUCCACCGUCACCGGAUGUUCGUUUUCCUCCUUCCUGAAAACACUACUAUGUACAUAAAGGAACACACUCCCUUAUUUCCCCAGCUGAGCUGACCCACCCUGAAUUGUAAUUUAUUUGUUAUUAAAAUGUAUUUAUUUGACGAAAAUGUACAAAUAUUUUUAUACUAAUAAUAAAAUGAAAA